AUGGCUAGCUACGAUGGACCUUAUCAAGGCACCGAGAUGUUCAAAUCCUUCACCAAGACUUGGCAUACCAAGCCAUACCCCGAAAUCCUGCCUUCUCGGCCCGAGCUUAGUGCUUCUGGAAAGAUUGUCUUCAUUACGGGCGGUGGUAGCGGUAUUGGUAAAGCCACUGCUAUCGCCUUCGCGGAGGCCGGUGCCAGAGUCAUCGCCAUUUUCGGGCGUCGAAUUGAGAGACUGCAGUUGGCUGCUGAAGAGAUCUCUAGGGCCAACCCCAAAGGAACCACUACCGUGGUUGUUGAGAGUGCCGAUGUUAGCCAGCGUCACGCUUUAGAGGCAGCCUUCACCAGUGCCAUCAACAAGGCUGGCGGCGGCAAGAUUGACAUCUUUGUCAGUAACGCUGGCUUCCUCAAGCCACGCGCCCCUCUCGCGAACUACGGCGAGAAAGAAACGCGCGAGAGUAUCGAGGGAAACAUAAUUGGUUCGUUCAACGCGAUCCAGGCAAUGGUGCCCUUGUUGGCGCCCAAAGCCAAAGUUUUGAAUAUCUCCUCGGGAAUCGCGCACAUCAAUCCGCUUCCCGGCUUUUGGCCAUAUGCAGCCUUCAAACUCGCAAUCGUCAAGAUGUUCGAUUUCCUGCAGGUUGAACAUCCAGACCUUAGUGUUUUUAACGUUCAGCCUGGCGUUGUUGCCACUGAUAUCAAUGAAAUAUCCGGAAUUCCAGGCCAAGAUGAAGUUGCACUUCCUGGCUGUUUCCACGUUUGGCUUGUAUCCCCUGAAGCCGAGUUUCUGAAAGGAAAGUUUGUAUGGGUCAAUUGGGAUGUGAAUGAACUGAAAGCUCAUUCCAAGGAGAUUGAAGGAUCAAUGCUAUUGAAAGUGGUAUUGAACGGCGUUCCAAUGUGA